UAAAAAAAGAAUUGGUUGGAGAAUGAUACUAAAAUUCAAUGGAGUGGGACCAAAUGAAAGCAUCAUUAUUAAACGAGAAGAAAAAGACAGAAUUGUUAGAGAAAUGUCAAAAAAGCACAGUAAUAAGUAACCCAAAAAAACAAACCCAAUCAAUUCUCUACUUUCAUUAAAGCUUAGUAAGCAAAUGUGUUAUGUGUGAGUGAGAUUGUGUGAGAGAAAAGAAGAAGAUAAGUGAGAGAGAAAGAGAGAAAGAGAGAAAAUGAAGUUCUUGUUCCAGUGUCCAUGUUGCUCUUGCUUCUGCUUCAUGAAACCAAAGCCGGGCAAACCAAAAGCUGUUGGAGAUACAAAACCAAAGGAGGAGAAGAAGAAAGAGGUGAAGAAAGAAGAGAUCAAGAAAGAGGAGAAGAAAGAAGAGAAGAAAGAAGAGAAGAAGGAAACCAAAGCAGAGAAGGCUGAGUGAAAACUCUACUUUGAGAAAAUGUAAUUAAUUAUCCCAUUUUUAUUAUUAUUUAUCUGCUAUUUGAUGAUUAUGCAAGUAAUAACAUGUUAUUUUUAUGGUUUGGUAACCUUUUUAGGCAAAUUAUGGUUUAAUCUCUUAUAUUAUAUCAUUCUCUUGUUUGAAUUUACUCUUAUGAUCAAGAUGUGGAAGAUUAUGUUUAUCGUUUCUACGUAAUUUUCCUUUAAUGAAUUUAAUUAAAUCCUACUUAUUUAAGUAAGUGUAUGAACCAAUUAAAAACUGAAUCUAGUUCUUUUU